CUGGCUUUCGGAGUGAAUGUCGGACUCAGCACUACGGAGAAUAUGGGAUAGGAUAAGAUCCAGGCACUCCCCAGAGGGUAGAAGACAGUUAGAGAGAGUUCUGUCGAUCUCUCCUGCCGACAAUGGAGUCUCGGAUCAGACAGAACUACUGCCCGGACUGUGAGAGAGCAAUCAAUCGGCUCAUAAACCAGGAGUAUUACACGUCCUACGUGUACCUGGCUAUGUCAUUCUUCUUUGAACGUGAUGAUGUAGCACUGAAACAUUUUGCGAGGUUUUUCCACGGGAUGUCGGAAGCUGAACGGAGAGCCGCCGAGGAGCUUAUCGACUAUCAGAAGAGGCGCGGGGGGAGAAUGUACCUGCAGAGCGUUGAGAAGCCAGCCCAGAGUGAGUGGCAGAAUGGACUGGAGGCGUUGCAGUGUGCUCUGCAAUUACAGAAAUCCCUCAACCAGUCUCUCCAAGAACUACACCACCUCGCUGCCGACAGGAAUGAUCCUCAACUGUGUGACUUCCUGGCCUCGCGGUUCCUGAGCCACUGUGUGCAGACGGUGCAGAUGCUGGGAGACUACAGCAGCAGCCUGGCAUCGCUGGGCGCUGGGCAGAGCUUGGGCGUGGCCGAAUACCUCUUUGACCAGCACACGCUGGUCUCUAGGUCAUGAACGCCCGACUUGCCGGAGAUUCUUCCUGGCACUCCCCGCCACCGAGCUCUCCCCGCAGCUCGGGGUGAGACUCCGCCACUGUCAGGCGCCCCGCGUGAAGAGCGCUGCGUAAAAGCAAGUAGUUGUCGGAGCCGAACAACAGCUUGCACUCACCUAGCGCCUUUUCCACAGGGCAGAGCCGCAGAACCCUCUGGGACGUUGUGGGAAGCCCUCUGUGCCUGGAUUCUCCGUCAAUAAAUAGCUUCAUGGCAAAGCA